AUGGCGCCUCCAGAAUCGAGGAACAAUUUCGAGCGCCCUGCUCCCACCGUUUACUACAACAUGAAAACCUCACGACCACCGCCUAUUACGUCAAAAUCUCACCCUGCGCAACCAUUUCCCUCGACCAGCUCCUCCCACGCACGGUCACAAUCAAGUAACCAGUCGAAGACCUCGACCAAGCCCUCGUCACCCAUGGCCUCUCCCCGCGGUCCUCUGUCGGUCGCCGCCUCGCAGCCUCCCAAGCUUUCUCCGUCAGCCACCCCCAAACAUCUCUCGUCCACACCGCUAGGACAAGUACAAUGUCAAGAUGCGAGAACUCCUUCUCCCAACUAUUUUGGGCAGCAGGUCGAGUCCGUGGACGCUAUGGAAACAGGCGGUGCCGGUCAAGAUAGAUGGAGUCCCUCAACGUCAUCGGUGAAGAGCUUUGGCGCCGCUCUACCGAAGCAGGUGCCUCUCGAUGCCAACCCGGAUUUUGAAGCUUUCAAAAGGCAGGCAGAUGCAAAUAGGGGAAGAUCAUCUUUUAACCUGGGAUCAUCUCAUUUUGGAGGCACUACGCCUCUCACACUUGCAUCGGGACCACCAGCAAUGAGGCCGCGUCCUUCAAGAUGGAACACUCACGGCACCGACACAUCGGUGCUCACCCAGUCGCCUCUUCAUACCACCGAGAUGCCGAGGUUGAAGGAGGCGAUUCCCGAGAAAAUGGAUGUGGACAGCGCCAGCAUCAACACACACGACUCUGCGUAUGUUUCUGCCGAUUCAAAACGUAACUCAGAAGCAAGUGUCAAUCAGCCCAGCUUCUUCAAUCUGCCAAGACAUGAGUCGCCCGCGCAGUUUGAUUCAUCCUCAGAUAAAAGAGGCGGGCUGUCCAAGGUGGAUGAUCGUCACCCCAGAUUGUCGUUGGUGCAUGACAAGGCCGAUCCGCCGUCGCCAAAUCCAGUCUCGCAUCUCAAGGCCCGAUCAGACACGGUGCCUGCUACGCUGGAAGCGGCCGCGCCGUCUAUGAUCGCGCCGACACAGUUAAAGGAAAUGUUGGACUCUCCCUCCAAAAACGAGGUAUUACUUCUGGAUCUACGGGUUUCUCCACAAUAUGCACAGUCUCGCAUCAAAGGAGCGUUGAAUUUGUGCAUACCAACGACAUUACUGAAGCGUGCCACGUUCAAUCUUCAAAAGCUUCAACAAACCUUUCAAGGCAAUUCUGAUCAGGAGAAGUUUGCGAAGUGGCGAGACACCAAACAUAUCGUGGUCUAUGACGCGUUCUCGUCCGAGAGGAAAGACGCUGUUUCCGCUAUGAACACAAUCAAGAAAUUCACUAACGAGGGCUACGCUGGUCAGUGCUCGGUCUUGAGGGGCGGAUUUAACGCCUUUGCCGCAUCCUAUCCGGCCCUCAUAGAGAAGGGCAAUACUUCAGAGCAGGCUCCUGGCCGGCCGACGCUGUCAUUAGCAGGCGCCGGCGGCUCGAGCAACGACGGAGGAAGACCGAGUAUCGCACCUGUCGUCGGCGGAGUAAUGCUUCCCAACACGAGUAGCGCAGCGAAUCCCUUCUUUGCCAAUAUUCGACAGAACCAGGACCUAGUCGAUGGUGUCGGGCAGAUGGAUGUUAAAGUGCCGCAAGGAACAGAGAUGGAAGCACUUCCGGGAUGGUUGCGUGAGGCUGCGACUCCAUCGGACAAGGGAAAGAAGGUCAGCGACAAGUUCCUGAAGAUCGAACUGGCCGAGCAGUCACGCAUGAAGGGUGCUUAUUCCUACCUCAACCCCGGGACAGCCGUGGGUGCUGGAGGAGAAGCAAAUGAGAAGGUCGUGUUGAGCGGUAUUGAGAAGGGCAGCAAGAACCGCUACAAGGACAUCCUUCCAUUCGAACAUGCUCGUGUCAAACUGGAGGGGAAGCCUGAAGGCGCCUGCGAUUAUGUGAACGCCAGCCACGUCAAGGCGUCCAGAAGUCACAAAAGGUACAUCGCCAGCCAGGGCCCACUGCCGGCGACCUUCGAGGAUUUCUGGUCCGUAAUCUGGGAUCAAGAUGUUCGUGUGAUUGUGAUGCUCACAGCAGAAUCCGAGGGCGGUCAACUCAAAUGUCACCCGUACUGGAAGGACCGGGAAUUCGGAUCCCUUAAACUCCGGGCGCUGUCAGAGAAGAAAGUGUCACUUGAUAUCGACAAGAAUAGUUCACAGCCCGUCACAUCGGUCGAUUCCAGUGAUUCAGGCUCCUCUUCCAGCACCGCCCAGCCAGACGAUGCCUUCGGCUUUGGUGCCGCAGCGGCUGAAAUGGGCCGAAGAAGGGCAAACACCACGACGACUCUGGAUGCCAGUCCACAGCAGGGUCAGCCCAAGUCGGCUGCGAAUCCUUCCAGCCAUGGCGAGACUCCAUAUGUGAUCAUUCGAAAGUUCGCACUGUCUCAUGCUGCUCACCCCUUCGCUCCCAUGCGCGAGAUCACGCAUCUGCACUAUCCUUCCUGGCCCGACUUCGGCGCGCCCGCUCAGCCCAGUCACCUCCUUGCCCUUGUCGACCUCGCAAAUGUCAUGCAGCGGGCAGCCCUUCCUGUUGACGUUAAUACCACACUAGCCUCGGCCCAAAGUCCUCGGCAGUCUGAAUCGUCCGGACAGGGAAAACCUGCACGCAGUCCCAAGAAACGCAGUCGUGCCCAAAGUGGAAUGCCUCUCGCUUGGUGGGAAGAGCCUGAGGCGGACCAGAAUGCGCGGCCGAUGCUUGUCCACUGCUCCGCAGGCUGUGGACGCACUGGAACUUUCUGCACAGUUGACAGCGUUAUCGACAUGCUCAAGCGUCAAAGGAUGCGCAAUAUCAAGAAGGCCAACGCCAAUAUUGAGAAGAAGGUCCGCGCCCACAAGCUGCAACCCCCUCCCCAGGCCAACCACGACCGGGAGGGAGACAUCGCCAUGGCCGGUCUGUCUUUCAACUCGCUUCAAGGCGCAUUCAGCGACCGAACCGAACGGCGAGAUCCUUUCGACGACGCCAUCAGUCCCGGCACCGCUGCGCCGCCGCUAUCACCUGUCUUCCCCGACAUAACCAUGGCAUCACCGUCUCCCGCUCGUUCUUCUUCCUCAUCCGAUAGCGAGGACGACUAUGGCAGCAUCGAUACCUCGUGGAUUGACGACGACACUAUGGAUCUCAUUGCUUCCACCGUUACUGAUUUCCGGUGCCAGCGCCUGUCGAUGGUGCAAACGCUCCGCCAAUUCGUUCUCUGCUACGAGACGGUUGUCGAGUGGGUGUGGAGACUGCAGGAGCGCGGCGGCCCUGCGGGCUCUGUUGUCGGUGCACCCGGGACAGGAGCCGGUGGCACAGCCGCGAUGCGGGCUAGGGGCCGCAGCGGAACUGUGGCCCACGUGGGACACUCGAAGUAG